GUCGCCGCCUGGCUGGGAGCGCGGCGUCUUCCCGAGCGCCCGCGCUGGCCGCAGGUUUCCCGGGGCCCGCGGCCUCUCCGGGGAGGCUUGCGAACGCGGGCUCCUGGGGGACGCAGCCCGGUGCCUGUUAACGGGUUUUGUUCAGAGACGGGUCUCUGCGUUUUUGCAGCACAGGUGGAAGUUGCUGCGUGCUGUUAUGGGCAGAGAGGCCUGUUGUUUGGGGUGACGGUUAGGUGUGGGCAGAGUGCAAGGAAACAGUGGCCGUGUUCAGGGCCCGAUCCUGACAGUGCCCUUGGAAUUUUGCCUUGCUGCUCCACUUUACGGUGUGAAGUUUGGGCUCUGGAGAAGGUGCUUUACCAGCAAGUGCUGCAGGCUGUGCUGGUUUCUGUUUGCCUUUAGCAUCCAGCAGUGGCCUGUCUAGAUUUACGCUGACAAAAAGGGACCUCUGAAGAGAGUCCAUGUGCUUCAGUGCUUUGUAGCUUUCUCUGCACUAGGAGCCCUUCGGGAUAGGUAGGAUAUAAUGCAUCUCCGCAAAGAGUGGUUAGUAGCCAGAGCGGGAGAACGCAGUGGAAACUCUGAACCGUGUGUUUUUUCAUGUAUGUUGUUGCACUUCCAGUUACAGGAGGUGCUGAAAUAAAUAUUGAGCUUGCAACAAGUUCUUGGCUAGGAGAUGCCACUGCAAAAUGUGGGCAUGAUAUUUCUUUCUUGUGCUAAGCUAUUCUUUUUCCGUUCAGUGGGAGAGAGUCUGUCCUCUUGCAUGUAUGGAAUGAGAGUCUUUUUUGUGCCCUUCUGUUAGGCAUAUCUAAACCUUUUGGCAUGUGUUUGUAUGAGAGGUUGUUAUAAGGGUGGUCUGGCUCUGAAGAGGCAGCAGGGCCAGUGCCUGAGGUGAGAAAAGCUCUAGGGAGUCCUGCUGAAGAAGCGAGAGCCAAGAGUGGGGCCUGGUGAGCAGAGGGCAGCAUAUCGCUGCGUCCCCUUGGCUGCAGAGCUGUUGAGAUUGACAGCUUUUGCUGCAGAGCGAGAGGGCUCGUUGUCUCUGCGUGUGGUUCCCGGGCGAUGCUUAUGGAAAUGAAUACUCCAGAAAUUCCCUCGGUCCCAAAAACGGUCAAUGUCCAUAGGCCUUGGCGCCUCCCAAGAGCAGUUAUAAGGAUGGUCUGGCUCCAAAGAGGUAGUGGGGUCAGUGCCUGAGGUGUGCGAGAAGCUCUAGAGAGUCCUGACGGAGAGUUAAGGCACAGACUCCUGAUGCGGGUGAAUCAGAAGACCCUUUAUUGAGGUUUUACACGUACGCUUAUACCUGUAUAGAUUCUUCAUGCGUAGCCUUCUCACUUGCGAUUUGUUGAAGAUCAUUGUCCAUACGUCUAGCUCUAGCCUACACCCUUCUUCCUCUGUCGAACUGCCUGCUAGCUCCUCCACAGAGUCCUGCUGAAGAAGCCAGAGCAAAGUGUGAGGCCUGGCGAGCAGAGGGCAGCAUUGUCCCCUUCUCGGCUCGCUGAGCCCACCUGACCUCUGAGGCAGGUGAUCAGUGAGGAUGUUCUCAGCACACCAUCGACGACUGACUCUCUGCUCUUCCUGCAUCUUGCUUCUCAUCCCCUGCAGCUGGAUGCCCGCAGUAGCGAAGUGGCCUCGGAGGCUGGGGACGAUGGUCCCGAAUGUGGCGUCUCGGAGUUGCGUAUUUGGCAGGGAUGAUAAGCCUUGCUGCAAAACCAAGCAGAGCGAAGCCGCCGCUGCCUCCCCCCUUGCAUACUCACAGAGCUCUGAAACUGUCGCUGCCAGCAGCACGGCUCAGGAAGCGCUUGAUGUUCUCUUUGCUGGCACUGAGCAGGAGCAGCGCGAGUCUGGCAAACAGGAGCGUCCAGUGGGCAGGGCUGAAGGCUGGAAGUUCUGCCUCCAGGUCUCCCAUAAACUGGAAGAGCACCUGCUUCCUCGCCUCCUUGUCCUGGAGGUUGGUGAGUGCCAGCUGCAGGAGAAGGGAAAUGAGGAGCCGUGAGCAGACAGGAUUCAGAAGGUCGUGCCAGUGCAAGGCCAGAGGGAGUGGCAUUGCCAGCAGUGCCUCUGGAUUGUAUGCUCAUUGAAUCAAAGAUGUUCUUCUCGUCUGCACCACACCUAACAGUCUUGGAUUCCUACCUGUGCUCAGGAGUUGUAGCUGCUAAAGGAUGGACACAGACUCCAGAUGCAGUUUUGAGAAGGUAGAGCCACGCCCCAGUUUGCUCGGUGAAAAGCAGCCUUCUGCACUCGUAGCCCUCCACACUAAGGGCUAGGUGACUAGCAGCUCGCAGCUGAAAUAAGGCAAUUCCUUCUAUGUGUGGGCACUCUGAAGAUCUUUGCAAGAAUGACAUCUUUGCAGUCGGGGCUGGGCUUCCUCCUUUCGGUUGGUUGGCUGGCAGCUGCUGCAGCUUCUGCUGGGACAUAUCCGUGCUUGAGCAGCCCUGUCGAUGAAGCUGCUGUGUGUGCUUCAGUGAAAAGCGUCAGCCGGGAGAUGCUUCUUGAGGUAGCCCAUGGUCAAGCUUCCCCCUGCAACCUCACCUUUGGUCAAUACGCCUGUGCGCAGAGCGCUUGGCUCCAGGACCUUAAGGAUGAUUUCCUCAUAUCCUUAUAUUCUUGCCUUAGCCCUAAGCCUGUCAGUGCAGUGGAUCCAGCAUACUCCAUUCUGUUCUUUUCCAAGUACGAUGCCAACAAGCUUGUAGCUGCCCUGACUGCCUUCAGCCGGCGGUUUUCUCAUGUGCCUCUCUCGCAAAACUGGAGCAUGAUCUUCAUUAAUGGCCUGUGGGAGAAGAUGUUACAAGUACCUGACAUUGACAGCCCACCCGUUUUGUUUCGAUGGGUCCAUGAGGGGCUUCAGCCAUUCCUGGUGAAGCCCACGGUCUUUGCUUGCCUCCAUGCCAAAAAAGUGUUGUGCAAGACUUUUCAGGAGAUAGUUACUGCCCUGAACGGCAUCUAUUCUAAACUUCCAGUAGAAGAACAGAGGAAUCUUUACAAUGGGAUCAAGUACUACCUCAUCCAGGAUGGGUCAAAACAGAAAUGCUACAAUGCAGCCAUUCCAGGUUUGAAUUCCACUGCUUGGUUUGAAAAUUAUCUGGGAUCCUUUAUGGAGCAUGCUACUGUUGGAGACUUGCAGCUUUUUGCUGAUGAAUCAACACUUCAACAGUUUGCCAGAGAUCCGGCCAAUAUACAAAUGGUCAGCAACCUCACUUUGCUGCGGACAACAGCCGUGUAUUACACCUUGCUGCUGACCUCUGGGCCUAGCUUCCCCUUAUCGAGUCUCCCAGACAGGUUUGUUUGCUACCUGAGCCCCUCCGCUGUGAGCAGCCUGAGCAGAGAUGAGGCUUUGAGCUUGGCCCAGAGGAUCAGUAAGAACUGCCCCACGAACGUGACACACACAGGAGCAAAUAAGGAGAGACCUCACUCUUCAUCCCUGACAACGGAGGAGCUGCAGGUUGCAUCCUCUUUGGUGAGAAAGUUUGAACAUUUCCCGCCUGCAAUCCUGCAUGCAUUGGGCCAGGCUGCCGUUGGGCUGUCCGUAUCCCAGAUUGAGAAUAGCAUCAGUGGUAAGGACAUUGAAGCAUCUCUUUCUGCCCUGAGUGAAGUUCAUGGCUGGAACACUGAGCAGUCCAGCACUAUUGUCAACAAAUUGCUCAGCUCUGGCUAUCAGAUCACAGAUGGCCAGAGCCUGGCGAAGCUAGGCAGCUUGGUGGCUGGCCUCAACAGCAGCACACUUCAAAGUCUGCCUCCAAAGGUGAUCUUGGAAGCCAUUAAGUUGCCUGAGUUUGUUCAGCAAAUGGUGACCCUACCCUCUGCUCUGAAAAUGGCGUUUGUGGAAAAGAUUUCCUCCAGUGUUGGCCACCCUGCUGACCUGGUUAAGUACAUCCCUGAUGCUUUCACCAGUUACAUUCCAAAAUCAUUGCUUCUGUUUGGGAAAGAAAAGCCUAAUAUUCAGGAUCUCAAUCAGAAAACGUGGACCCGAGAACAGGCUGCCAUGUUUUUCAGUGAUGUGAUAAAGACAGAGCCUGAUUUCAGCAGGCUUUCCCAGUCUGUCCUCCAAGGCUUCACAUGUGCAGUUGCCAAUGAGAUGGAAAUGGAAAGUCUUCAGCAGCUGGCCAAAGUCAUGAAGCAGAAGAAUGUCAAGCUAGGAGAAGACCAGCUGAGGUGCUUGGUGGAAAUGGUGACACUGCAUGGGAUUCCCAAGGAUCUAGACAGCUAUCCUAAAGACCUGUUACUGUUUUUAAGUCCUUCAGACUAUGCAACGACAGGAAGCUGUUGGCAAUACUUUGCUAAUAUUGGGAAAGCAAAUCUUGAUGUUCUGCAAAGAGAGUCCUCCCAGCGGAAACAGCUGCUGUUGGAAGCUUUAGCAUGUUUGAAGAUUCCUGGCACACAAGUAGAUGAGGAAAAUGCAGAGGUUCUGGGUCGUCUGGUCUGUGACCUGAGUGGAGAAUACAUUAGAAGUUCUGGUGGAAUUUUGCUGAAGCCAUUAAGCCAAUGUGAAUCUUUCCUGCCUGAUCAAGAGGAGGCUAUUAGGAGUGUUAUCAGCAGUGGAAACACUACAUUCGGGCCUCCUUCAGUGUGGUCAGCUUCUACCUUGAACGAGCUCAGUGAAUUGAUUCCUGUGUUUGAUCACAGCAUCUUGCAGAAGAUCCCCAAGAAUGUUUUAACCCUUUGGCUGAAAAACUUUGCCCAUGAUUCAUCUCUGUCAAGGGAACAGCUGGCCUCCAUUGUCGAAGAACUCCUGCCUUCUCGGCAUAAGCGUGCUGCUGAAUGCCCACCUGACAAGAAGAUAACACAAAAAGUUCUUGAGGAUGAUAUGAUGCCUAUUUACUAUACCGCUGAGCAGUUACAGGCUUGCUUGAAGAAUGUCUCUCUGGAUAAUCACCUCUCUCAGAUACUGAGCUACCCCUUCACUGUUGAGCAGUUAGCUGUGCUGAAGAGGCAUCUGGAUAAGACACAUCCUGACGGGUAUCCUGAAAGUCUGCUCCCCAAACUGGGCACCCUGGCUGAUUUUCUCACCCCUGAGGACGUUAGCAAAUGGAAGAUAAGUUCAGCUGACGUGCUGGCUGCCUUGCUACAGAAUCAGCCCUCUGACAGCAUGGCUGCCGAAAUGAUUAAACGAUAUGUUACCUUGGGAAAUCGUUUGACCGCCCCUGUGCUGAACGCAAUUGGAAUGAGAUAUGUGUGCCUUCUAAAUACAACUGAGUUGAAUGCGAUAGACUCCAACAGCUUGAAAACAGCAUCUCUUGAUCCUUCAGCCUGUUCACAGCUUACUAAAGACAUCUUGUACCCUAAAGCAAAACGUGCUUUCUCAGACCAGCAUAAUUCACGUGCUUACUAUACUCUUAUUAAACCAUAUCUAGGGGGUGCUCCUGCUGUGGAUCUCAGAGCUCUAAGCAAGGACCGAGUGAACAUGGAUAUUGAAACUUUCACAAAGUUAAGAAGAGACUCUUUGCUGAGCCUGACGCCUGCUGAAGUAAAGGACUUGCUGGGAGUGAAUCUCAAAGCACUGACGACUGUGCAGAAGAAGUCACCCAUCCGAGAAUGGAUUCAAAUGCAGAAACAAUCCGACCUGGAUAAACUGGGUGUUGGGCUCAUUGGGGGAACACAGGAAGGUUACAUCAAUGUGAUCACGCCUAAGUUUCAGACACCAUCCUCAGCUCCCCUGGGUGCCAUGGCCUUCCACCUCCUGCCCGCUCUGCUUCUCAGUUUCCUGAUGAUGUUGGUCUUGUCUUGAAAUCUUCCCUCGGGAGAAAGCAAGAUGAGGGGGACCAGCCUGUGACUUGCUCUGAGGCCUGUCGGGUGGGUGGGAUUGGGAGGGGGAGGGUGCUCAGUGCUAGCAAGCAACUGUUAUGGAGCCCAGUAUUCAUUUUUAGGUACUUUUCUUUUUCAAAUCACUAGAAAAAAAAGGGUAUUUUGUCUGAAGGGAAGAUUUCAGACUCUUCAGAGCAGGAAUCUUCUUGUUUGCAUUUUGUACAGAGCCCAGCCUACAUAAGGCCCAGCCACAUUACUGCAACAUGACUCAUGUCAGUACUUUACUGUAUAACCCUGGUGGUUUAAGGGUGAGCAAAUUGGCUCUUCUGCAUGUUAAUGGUUACAUUUCUGAGAGUCUGAUCUCUGCUCUGCCAGUGGGAGUGAAAUUUUCCAGCUGUUUGUAAAGAAAUGUUGGAAUUGAGUAAAAAAUGCCAGAAGCAAAA